AUGGACUUAGAAGUGAAACUGAAAAAAAUCGACCAGCUGCAGCAAAAUGUCAUCAAUAUAAGAAGAAAUUCAUUUGAACUGGAUGAUGCGGAUGCAACUGAAUUAACAGAUCUUGAAGAAGAAUUGGAGCAAUGUGAUGUCCGCCUCGAGGAUUUGGAGGGCAUAAUAGAAAAGGUAGAUACUUCUGAAUUGUGUAAAGAUAAACCAAUCUAUUAUCUGCCUCAUCAAGUAGUUGAAAAAGAAGGUAGGGUCACAACUUCUACACGUAUAGUAUUUGAUGCUACAUCUCAUCAAGCUAACGAGCUCUCCUUGAAUGAUUGUCUGUGGCAAGGGCCCAAUUUAUAUCCAAAUCUUCUAGAUGUGUUAAUAAAUUUUAGGCUCAACAAAAUAGCAAUAUCAUCCGACAUUCGGCAGGCUUUUCUUCAAAUUUGCGUGGCGGAUAAACAUAAAGAUGCAGUGCGUUUCUUAUGGACACCAAGUGAUCCUCGUACUGAGAAAAGACCGGUUCUAGAAGUUUAUCGUUUUAACCGAGUAAUUUUCGGCGUAAAUGCUAGUCCAUUUCUACUUGCAGUUACAGUGAAACAUCGCAUUAAUAAAUAUGAAGAAGAGUAUCCUAUUACUGUAAAACAUCUAGAUUCUUACAUGUAUGUAGAUGACUGGAUUACGGGUCAAGACAAUCGAGAAGAAGCUCUUCUUAUUUCUCGCCAUGCUAAGAAUAUCAUGAAGGAAGCGGGAAUGUAA